GCUUACGACUUGACGAAAAUCAAAUCAAAAGAUCGACAACAUUCGACGAGUGCAGAUCAGCAGCUAAAAGAAAACCAGCUGAGACAUCAGAAAAGUCCGCAGAUUUUCACGUAACGCCUUAAAGAUUUUCCGUGCGGUUCCCGAACAAACCAAACAUUAUUAACAAACAAUAAACGAAUUUGUAGUGUCAGUGACUUUUGAACGCACGAAAAAAUCCCCAAACACACAACCAAACGUGACUGUAUAAUCAGCCCCAAGAAACCCAACAACUGGUGGUGAUAAUAAAAGAACUUACAACAACAGCGCCGAGAACCAGUAUAAAGUUCAAUACCGCGCUGAUUCAAAUUAAACAAAGGAGAAUCGACAGCAGCAGCAACAAAAAGCCAGCUCGGUUUUGUCAUUCAAGUAUUUUUGGUCAAUACACGGCAUACGAAAUGGCAGCCUACUUGGAUCCCACUGGCCAGUACUAAAGAAGCUACACGAAGACAGCAAGACAUCGUAAUCGUAGACCUCUUUAGAAAAUCCAAUAAAUCACAGAUCUUCGCCAUGGCAGCCUAUCUGGAUCCCACUGGUCAGUACUGAAGUAGGAGCAAGCCAGCAGCAGAAGCAGCUAUAUUUUGAGUUCCAAGCCGAAAGUUAUUGAAAACAGUCUCAAAAUGUCGCACGAUUUGGACCCCACUGGCACCUACUAAGGUUCUACCGCGAGAACUCCACUUAGCCAAGCAUUCUAAGGCUGAAUACUAUAACCACUUCAAAAGCCCGACAAAUACAAUCCUACAAUAUGCUGGAUCCCACUGGAACCUACCGGCGACCCCGCGACGCGCAGGACUCCCGCCAAAAGAGGCGACAGGACUGCCUGGAUCCAACCGGGCAGUACUAGACGCCGAUACCCCAACUUCAGAGCCCCAUAACGCCCGUGCCUUAUCCACAAACUCUGGGCAUGAUUGGGGGAGCGCGCUGGUUGCGCGUUCGCGGCCGCGAGGAGACUUCCAGCUGCCGGCGGAGGAGAAAGCUGGGGAUUGGGGCUUU